GUAACUUCUCGCGUUGUACUCCAUGUUCGUUGAUAUAUAACACGCAACAGUUUAUAAUUUAAAUAUUGUAGAAAGCUUGAUACAAACUAGUGUACAUCAGGUUAUUCGAUAUAUUUUAAACGUAAUGGGCCGAAGAAAAAGUAAACGAAAGCCACCAAGUAAAAAGAAAGCUAUUCAACCAUUAGAUACACAAUUUAAUUGUCCAUUUUGCAAUCACGAAAAAUCAUGUGAGGUUAAAAUGGAUAAGUCAAAAAACACAGCUAGAAUUACUUGCAGAGUCUGUCUGGAGGACUUCCAAACUACAAUCAAUUUACUUUCAGAACCUUUGGAUGUAUAUAAUGACUGGAUUGAUGCAUGUGAAAAUGCAAACUAAAUUUUUUUAUUUUUGUGUCAGAUUGAUGCUCAAACUUAUUUACUUAUUUUUUUUUUUACUAAAUUGUAUCAGCAUUUAGCAUUUUAUGACAUAAUUGAACCAUAGACAAAAUCUGUGACAAUACGUAACUAAUAACAUAUAUUUUAUAUGUUAAUGAAAAGACAUUUUUAAUUAUAUAAAUUUAAUAUUUAGUUUAAAGUAACAAAAGUAUAUGUAUAGUAUAUGUAUCGUAUUAAGUGUUACAUUACAUUAAUUUCAAUUAUAUGACAUUCAUACAAUCAUAUUUAUAUGUACGAACCUUUCAUACUUACUAAGUAAGUAUCUGAAUGUUCAUUUUAAAAGUAAUAGGAAUAUUAUAUAAAUGUUAUAACCUACAUAUAUAUUUGUAUAUAAAAAAACAUAACGCUUUUACUAUAAAAACCAAGUUGUAAAAGAAUAAAAAUAUGAAUAAAAUACUAUAGUAUAACUUCAUAAAUA